CUUUGUUCUCCCCAUCACCCUCAAAUGCCCAUGCAUGCAGUGAGGCCUUCAAUGAAAUGGCCUUAACCAAAAACUUUUCAAAGUGCAAGAAAUUACAUGCUUUGCGAGCUGAAUUCGCCUGGAAAAAUCACCAAAAUGACCCCCAAACAAUCGAUAUAUUCAUCGGAACAAAGCUUCAUUCUGAUGUGGGGUGGUUUGCUUGGGGGGUAAACCCAGGAAAAAUACCACAAAUGGUUGGAACCAGAGCCCUCAUUGGCAUUAAACACCCAAACGGGUCCUUAACAAUUAACACUUACAAGGUUACAGGUGGUACCAAGUUGGGUUGUCGGCUACUACCUUCAGAGAUUGAUGUGAAAGUUCGACAUAUGAGCCCUCUUUAUCUAGAUCAGAAUGGGUACUUCGCCAUUUCUGCAACACUGGUUCUUCCAUUGGCGUAUAACGUUUCAAGGUUAAACCAUGUUUGGCAGGUAGGAUAUGCUGUCGCCGGGACGGUUCCGAAAAUGCACCAGAGGACUCUACAGAACUUUGCGAGCACUGCUACGAUAGACUUGACCUCUGCCCGUGGUCGGAGCGUAAGCAGAGUCGGAAUACACCGGCGUGACAUGAGAAUGAUUCAUGGGAUACUGAACAUUUUAGGUUGGGGAACACUGUUGCCCAUUGGUGUGAUUAUUGCAAGGUAUUUCAAUAGAUAUCCAUUGCCUUCCAAGAGGUGGUUUGCUUUCCAUGUAUUCUGUCAGACUACUGGAUAUAUGCUUGGCACUGCUGGCUGGGGCAUUGGACUAUGGCUUGGAAGCACUUCCACUAAUUACCAUUUCCCCACUCACCGACUUCUAGCAAUCUUCAUAUUCACCUUCACUACUGUACAAGUGUUGGCGUUACGAUUUAGACCCAUAAAACUAGAUGAAUACCGCACAUACUGGAACAUGUACCAUCAUUUUUUGGGCUAUGGUCUGCUUGCGGUGAUCAUAACCAACAUAUUUCAAGGGAUUAAGAUCCUCAAACCAGACAAUUCAUGGAAAUGGGCAUAUACAGGACUCCUUGGCCUUCUAGCCUCCACUGCUCUAGCAUUUGAAAUCUCUACCUGGAUUAAGUUCAUUCGCAGAGAUAAAAGCGGGAAGGAAACUAAAACGCAGUCCCUGCCAAGUCAAGGGUCAGGUGAAACUCCUCUACGGACUCAAGCCAAGUAAAACCUCAGAUAAGAAGCUAAGACACGUAUUCAUAUUCGAUGUAUGAGGUUAUGGGUUUUGAUUUUGCUCUUUGCCAGAUCUUAUACUCGUUUGGACUGUACUGCCUAUGUUAUGCCUAUCUUUGGGGAUGUCAUGUUUAAAGUAAAAUAAUUUUGAGACCAAAAAUAAUUGCGACAUUUAAAGAAAUUUUACGUGACGGCAUCGUCUAUAAUCCAC